GUAAUCAUCUACAUCCGUCCGUGUGUUUACAAACAGCCGACAGUAGUCUGUUCACUUGUGGUGGAUGAUGAUUGCACUGUCAGUAUGUCGAUGCCAGUCUGGGUUAUAUUUUCCCUGAUAGUUGGUUAUUUGACGUCUUUUUACUAUGUGUCUUAUCUGCGCACCACAUUCACGAAUCAGAAAGCUGAAUGCAAUAAGCGGGUGGAUGCUUGGUUGACGGGAAAUGGGUUAACGAAGAUUCUUACAACAAAAGCUCUCACGGAUGCAGGUUCCCCUGACAAGACAUUUAUCAUAGGAGCUCUACUACAUGGAAUUGAUUGCCUUGAAGAUGUGGCAGUUUUAGACGAUGACAAAUACUCAACGCUUUUCCAGGGACUGUCAUUAAAGCAGAAGAAGUGUGUGAACUCGGCAGUCCGUGUGUUGAAAGACGAGAAGAUUUUAGAAUGCUGGCUGUAUAAGAACGGUUUCAGUGACUGUCAGACGUUACUGAAGAAGUUUAACCUUAACACACUGGACGAUGUGAGGGGUGUAUCUGAAAAGACCCUGAACCAACUGAGUGGUGACAAGUCCGUGUCACACAGCUGUGACUCUGUGAGAUCUGUUGUUGAUGUAUUGAAACAACAGCAGGAGAGUGGAGGCGAACUGGUGUCGGACAACAGUCUAAGAGAUUACCUGCACCUGAAAAGUAUUGCUCUCAGUAAAUAUGACUCCAGAUACUUCUAUUAUUUGGCUGCCUUGGGCUUUUGUCUGCUGAUCAUGAUAGUGGCCGAAUCCCCCUCGAUGUAUCAAGAAUGGACUGUACAGACGAUCAACUGGUGUCACCAGAGAGGCUUCCCGGACAGCAAGACUGCCAUCUUUGAUUUCUUCACAGGCCGCUACCUUGCCCCUCAGUGCUGCACUGUAGGCUGGGAGUGGGAGGAAUUCACUACUGUUGGGAAAACUGUUGCUUUCACUAUACGGUUUUACCAGAAGAACUGGAAGCCGUACCCGAUAUCUAACGCGGACAGCGUGCUGGUUGAGAUCAUGCACCAGGGUGUGAAGGUUGCCACGACGAUGGAGUACGGCAGCGUGGAGCCCACCAACGCCAACCUCGCACGCGUCUCCUUCACGGUGCACAAAUCAGGAGAGUACAAGAUAUCUGUGAUGAUCGGAGCCAGGCACAUCAAAGGAAGUCCAUUUUCUAAGUUCUUUGAGCCAGGCCCGAUUGAUGCCAGUAAGACUGGGUUUAUGAACUACAGCUCUACAGUCGUCUGUAUGGCGGGAGCAUCACACCCACUGCAGAUAGAAACGAGAGACUCAUUCGGAAAUCUGGCUGCCUACAAAACAGAUCUAAACAACUACUUUAAAAUCAGUAUCAGGGAGUCCGGAAGUAAUAUAAAGUACGUCCCUGCAACUCAGAUAAUUUAUGAUCCCAAUGAAAAACGUCUCACUAUGUACAUCACCAUGGAACGAGCAGGAUGCUACCAUGCAAAAGUGUCUUACGGGGACGUCAAAUUGAAAAAUGGAGAUUUUGAUAUUGUUGUAUUAAGUCCUAAUGAAAUGGCACAUGUGCACAAGAAUCUGGCAAAAAAGAAUCACAAUGUCAGUUACGAAGCAAGACUGAUCUCCUGUAACCACGAGAGACUGGAAAAACCAAAGAAAGUCUUUGUAUAUAUUUCUCCAAAGCAAUUAACACUUAAGGAAUUUUACUUGAAGAUUAUUGGCAAGAAACUAUACACUUUCAGAGUCUGUCCCUCCACAAAGUUUAUCUUCAAUGGUUUGAACAAUCAGUACGACACAUCAACUUUCACAAUAGAUGAUGGUGCACAACCUCCAAUAGUGUUAGCAGCAAAAGAUGGAAACAUCAUAGCAGCAACGUUCACCAGCUAUCUGCUGAAAAAUAUAGGUGGCUCGGAAACAUUCCAAGACAAACAGAUAUUUUUUAAUCAUCAGUUGACACAACUUCACCUGAAGAGAGCUCACAGUCGACUGCCCAUCAAGAUUGAUAGAUCCAACCUCCUUUACAAUUCUUACAAGAUCACAAAGCAUUUUGAUCUCAGUGACUGGUGUAAAAGAUUUGAAAUCACAUUUCUUGAUGAGCCUGGUCUUGACUGGGGUGGGUUGCUUCGUGAGUGGUUUGAACUGCUGUGCUCGGAACUGUUCGAUCCUAGUUGCUCAGGUCUCUUCAUGAGGUUUUCAGAUGAUUCUCAGGGAUUAGUCCAUCCGAAUCCUAAGAGAAACCCAGAAAUGAAGUUGAAGUAUUAUGAGUUUGCUGGCAAAAUUGUCGGCAAGUGCCUUUACGAGACGUCGCUGUCAUCAACGUACAGACAGCUUGUCAAGGCCAGGUUCUCCCGAUCUUUCCUUGCUCAACUGAUAGGUCUUCGAGUCAAUUACAAGUAUUUUGAAACGGAUGAUCCAGAGUUUUACAAAUCAAAAAUAAAGUUUAUUGAAGGCAAUGACAUUGAUGACAUGGAACUAACGUUCUCUGAGGAAGAGUACUCGCCCUCGGGUCAUCUCAUUAAGGUCGUUGACUUGAUUCCGAAUGGGUCCCGAGUGCCGGUGACGAACAGAAACAAGUUGCGGUACCUGGACCUGCUGGCUCAGUACCGGUUGACGAGCUCUGUGAAGGACGAAGUGGAGGCCUUCCUCAAGGGACUCAACGAACUCAUCCCUGACAACCUGCUCAGCAUCUUUGAUGAGAACGAGUUGGAGCUACUAAUGUGUGGAACUGGUAACUACAGCAUCGCAGACUUCAAGAUGCAUCACACUGUGAUUGGAGCAUCACUGACUUUCACAAAGGUACUGGACUGGUUCUGGACAAUAGUGGCGAGUUUCACCGAGGAACAGAUGGCGCGACUGCUGCAAUUCACCACUGGCUGCUCACAGCUCCCACCCGGGGGGUUCUCAGAACUCAACCCCAAAAUACAAAUCAGCUAUUCACCCACCUACAACGCACUUCCUACAGCCCACACUUGUUUUAACCAAUUGUGUUUGCCGGACUACGAGAGCAUUGAGCAGUUUCACAGUGCCCUGUUGCUGGCCAUCAACGAAGGGAACCAGGGAUUUGGGCUGGUAUAGCGAAGACUGCAGGCUUCUACACAGUGUUCAACAAAUGUUUGAGAAAGUCAUCAGCCCUCGCAGAAUGUUUGGCUAGUGUCCUAUGUAAUAUAGUAAUACAGUUGAUAAUUUCCACCAGCCCAGACCAAAACUUCACUAGCUGGGACUGAGGGCUAGUGGAAUUGUUAAACCCGGCUCUACACAACAUCCUUUAUAGCAGACCUUGAAAUAAGCAAGUUAAGGGUGCUUAAAGAAUUGUAUGCUCAUUUAGUUCUUGGAGAUUUAAUAUUCAAUCCAGCAAGACAGCUAGUUAACCUGUCGAUUUCCUAAAACUGUAGUGAAGUAUAGGUUGAACAGAAAUAUGUCCAUUUUCAUAGUGAUUUAGUUAUAAGCAAAAAGUGCCUUCUUAACUUUCGCUAAACAAGUAGCUACAUUCCUGAAUUCCCUCAUCCCAAAUAACAUUAAUAAUUUUUUUUAAUUUCUCAAUUAACAAAAAAAAUAAAAUAAUAAUAAUUCUGUUGAUUAUAAUAUACCAGUAACCCCAAUUUUGAUACAGAUGCAAAAUUAAAAAAAAUAGCACCUUUCUAUAAAAUGAGGAUAUCUAAAGAGCAUUCUUCUAAAAUUUUGUCCAGGUAAUCAUCAGGCAACUGAUUGUUUGAUCAGCUUGUAUUUUGAGACUUGUUGUAGGGAUGUAAAUAUGCAAUGACUUAACGUGGAUUUUGAGAGGAAUGACUGCCGACCUAUUGUGAAGGAUAUGGAGAGUCGUCUACCAUUCUCAGUUCGGUGAUGAGGUUGCUGUUCUAGGUACGUGAAGGCUGUAUUGGACCUGAGUGAUUUAGUUGUGGAGCUUGCUUGCCAAUUACAUCUCCACUGGAUGAAGGCUUGAUCUGUAAUCUGACUUCAGGAAAAGCCUGUGUCAUUGGAAUUAUAACAAGAAUGGUAUUCAUGCUGGGCCAUCCCAAGAUUGAUCCAUUAUGUGCAUUCAUUUAUAGAUUUAGUUAAUACAAAAACCAAUCAUUUUUAAAAACAUCAUCAUAAUCUCAUUCUUUAAAAGAGUUUUAGCUUCAUAUUCUUUUAUCAGGUGGUAUCUUGAUCAAAUCAAGACAUUUAUCAUCAUAGCUUUUGUAUUCAAUUAACUUGUGUCGAGAUGGCAGUUACAGGGCAGUUACGGUGCUGCACAUACUAACUAGAAGAAAGUGUUUAUUUAAUUAACUUGUGUAGAGAUGCAGGUUUUACAGGGCAGUUAUGGUACCGCACAUACUAACUAGGUGAAAGUGUUUAUUCAUUUAACUUGUGUAGAGGUGCCGGUUUUACAGGGCAGUUAUGGUACCGCACAUACUAACUGGAAGAAAGUGUUUACAUCAUUACUAAACAUCACAUUCAUAUAGAGUCGGGUUCAUGUGCUUUACAAAGAAAUCCUUUAGAAAUGUGUUUUUGCUUUUGUUUCACCAGUAAAACAAAAAGUACCAUCAUCAUGAAAUGUUGUGAAUGGAAAAGUGACCAUGUGGAUUAACAACUGUAUAAAUUGUGGUAUUCCAGUUAGAUAUUCAUGGAGUGGUUUAAUAUGUGUAUUUUUAUAAAUCAUUCUUCAUGUAAUGUACAUAUUAUUGUCUUUAUGUACAUCAUUCAGCCUAUUUCAUGUACAGCUUUUGGUAAUGCAAUUAAUUAAUUGAUAUAUUAUAUGUAUAUUUUGAUUGUUGUAGAUGCAAAUAAAAUUGUUCUGAGAUAAAUCUGUAAUUUUCUCUUUAUAAACACCUGGAAACAGAUUCUGUGAUUGAAAUAUAAAUAAUAAUAUAUGUGUAUAGACCAGAAUAAUAAUGUUAGAUAUAGUUACAUUGUGCAAUAAACAUUAUUCAGCAUAAAUGACUUAAAAUCAGAAACAACUUGCAGCAAAUGUCUGUUGUUUAAACUUGUUGUUUAAAAGCGUAUGAAACUCGCUUUCGCUCGUUAGAUAGAUUUUAAAACAACUCAUAAGAUAAAUGGUAUCUAAUGGCCACUCAUGUAUUAUUAGAUCUAUGUCUUACCCGUGUCUAAUUCUAUGGUUCACAGAAACACAUAAUGAUACUGUAUUACGGAUAAAAUAUAGUGAAUCUGUGUGAAAUUAUGAUACCUUGUAGGCUAUAAUGUUGUAAUAUUUUACGUUUGUUUUGUUUAACUACACCAUUAGAGUACAUUGAUUUAUUAAUCAUCGGCUAUUGGAUGUCAAACAUUUGGUAAUUUUGACAUAUA